AUGCUCAACACGCUCAUGGACCCUGGGGCGACGCACGGCCACCACCACACGGCGCACCACCUGGCCUCCAUGGGACUAAAGAUGAGCCCGCCGCCCAUGGACGCGGCCAACGCGUCGUCGACGGCCACCCCCACGACGGCGUCCCUGGCGGCGGCGGCCGCGGCCAUGCCGCCGGAACACUUCCAGGGCGCCGCGUACGGCCACCAAAUACCGCACCCCGGCUAUGCCGCCAGGGACUUUCUGCUGAGGAGAGAUCACCACGAGUUCGGCGGCGCCGCCGCGGGCGCGUCCGUCGCCGGCGACCCCACGGCCGCCAUGCUGUUCCCGACGGCGCUCCACCACCAGGACAACCACCUGGCGGGCCACCACCACCAGUCCCUCACCAACCACCCCCACCUGAACCCCCACCACCAUCACCACCACCAGAUGCGGCUGGCGGCGGCCGGCAUGGACGCCAUGUACCACCGCGACCACCACCCGCACUCGGCGUACCACCACCAGACGUCGCCGUACCACCCCGCCGCCGUGUCCGCCGUGUCCGCCAUGUCGGCCCACCACGCGGCCGCCGUGUCGUCGGCGGUGUCCGCCAUGUCGCCGCACCACGGCGCCUUCUUCCGCUACAUGCGGCAGCCCGUGCGCCAGGACCUGUCCUGCCAGUGGGUGGAGCCGGACGCGCCGCCCCCGCGCAAGCAGUGCGGCAAGCUCUUCAGCUCCAUGCACGAGAUCGUGACGCACCUCACGGUGGAGCACGUCGGCGGCCCCGAGUGCACCACGCACGCGUGCUUCUGGGCCUCGUGCCCGCGCAACGGCCGGCCCUUCAAGGCCAAGUACAAGCUGGUGAACCACAUCCGCGUGCACACGGGCGAGAAGCCCUUCCCCUGCCCCUUCCCCGGCUGCGGCAAAGUCUUCGCGCGCUCCGAGAACCUCAAGAUCCACAAGCGGACGCACACCGGUGAAAAGCCCUUCAAGUGCGAGUACUCUGGCUGCGACCGGCGCUUCGCCAACUCGUCGGACCGCAAGAAGCACUCCCACGUCCACACCUCCGACAAGCCCUACAACUGCAGGGUGGCCGGCUGCGACAAGUCCUACACGCACCCGUCGUCGCUGCGGAAGCACAUGAAGGUCCACGGCUGCUCCGGCGGCUCCGGGUCCAGCACGUCCGGCGGCAAGUCGCCGACGCACGGCUACGACUCGGACGGCGAGGAGUCCAACAGCUCGUCGGCGGGCUCCAUCAGCGUGGCCGGCGGCGCCGCGUCGCCCCCUCUGCCGCUGGACGUCAAGUCCGAGUACAAGCAGGACUACAAGCAGGACUACAAACAGGACUACAAGCAGGACUACAAGCAGGCGGACUACAAAGGCCCCCACCACGUGACGGCGCACACGGUGCUCACGCCGCCCGCCAUGCACCAACACCACCAGACCAUGCUGCACCAGCAGUCGACGCAGCAGCCACCGCACCUCGGGCAGCACCCGCAGCAGCAGCAGCAGAGCCACCAGCAGCAGCACCAGACCAACCUGUCGGAGUGGUACGUGUGCCAGUCAGGGAUGCCGACGCCGCCCUCCGCCGAGCACUCCCCCGUCAACCCCCUGAACCACCUGAACCACCUGACGGCGCCCCACCACCACCACCUCAUGCACCACCACCUCAACAGCGGGGCGGCCACCGCCUACUGACACCAGGCCGAGCCCCCCGAGGACUGCCUGUUCGAGCUCCUGUGAUCGUCAACUGAGGAACUAUUUUCGUUGUACCUGUUCUGUUUUUUUUUAAUAAUUUUUUUUAAAUGUAAUCAAUAAGAAGUAGGGGAAGUCCCUGACUGUAUCGCCUGUUAUUUAAUUGUACUUCCGCGGUCGCUUCUCGGUCCGCUUACUUUGCCCGUGGACGCCGCGACGCCGCGGUGUCGCUCCAAAAUGACUCCCGCAGAGAGAGACAGCGGCUGCAGCACGGCAAAUGACCCAGAAGCGGCUGGUUAUUCCUAGUCUUUCAUUGUCCCAGUGACCUAGUUCUAAUUGAAGCACUUGUGUGGUAACGUAAAUUAGUUUAUCAGAUCUAUGAAAUAAAAUGUACAAUUUGUAAUAUUAUGAGUAAGAGAGUUAUUUAAGAGUGAUUUAGAGUUUUCAUUUUGUUGCUUGAAAUGAUUCACUCCAUGAUUUUUUAUCAUUGAAUAGAGUUUUAACGGACGGGAAUGCCAAUCGCCCACUAUGUACAAAUCUUAGAUCGUGUAAUAUAUUUGUGGAAUGUAAUUUAAUUGUAAAUCAUAUAAGUCCUGUGAACUUCUAAGUGAUAUAAUUAUAUUGGAAAACAGAGAACUCUUGAACUUAUAUUCCUAUUGUACCUUAUGCAAAUAAGCAACUGCUUGUGCAUUCAAAAAAUAAGAAGAGCGUUCCU